CGUCCAAGAAGAUGCUAAUUGGCUCAUUCUCAAUGUUUGUGAUAUUCUCAUAUUUGAAACUUCUCUAUAUACUCGUGGCAAUCUAUUUGGCCCUCCACCACGUCCACAUCUAAAAGAGAUCGAGCAAAUGUAUCAUUUGGUCUCUGAGCAAACAGCGGAAUUGCGCCUCUCCGACAAUGUGCUCAUCGGCAAUCAGACGACGCAGUAUCUUAAACCCUUUCAACUUGAAGCUGUGCGUUUCCUUUACGAUCGGUUCUCGAAAAAAGAAUUUUGUAUCUUUAACGAUGAGAGCGGAUUGGGUAAAACUGCCUCAAUUGCAGCGUUCUUGAGUGGACUGAACACGUCUAAGAAGACGCUUGUGGUACUGCAGAAUGAUGAUCACUUGUUGGCAGGCUGGCAGUUUCACCUCGGCGUUCUCACCGAUCUGUCCGUCUGUGUGGUAAAGGAUGUCAAUGACAGCACAGAGUCAGCGCAUAGCGUUUAUCUGAGCAAGUGGAGCAUUCUGCGUAGUAUCGGUGAUCUCAGCAAGCUGAAGUUUGACUACAUCAUUGUGGAUCAUCGUGGGUUUACGUUGAACAACAGUUUUUGCAGUUCCAUGCUGCUCAAGCAUUAUGAGGGCAAAGUCAACAUUGUGAUCUCUAGUGUGGACAUAACGUCCGACGUAAAACUGCUGUACAAUGUGCUGCGCUUGGGCGGUUGCCUGGAACAUCAGUACAAAACCAUUCACGCCUUUGAGCGCAAAUUCCAUCUGCCCGAUGUUAAGGAAGUGCUCAGCAAACGCGUCGAUCUCGAGGAAUAUUAUAAGCAGCGCGGCGUUCUAGGCGAAUAUAUCAAAGAUUAUCGCCUGCGUCGUUACCGCCAUCAGUUCGAGUCUUAUUUGCCAUUAGUCACUGAGGAGCAAUACAAGAUCAAUUUGUCUCGUUGGCUGGGAGAAAACAAUAGCAAUAGCACCAUAAGCCAAACAACUUUAGAGUCCUCAUCAGAGCCGCUUUCCACGGGCAACACAGACGAGAUAUCCGAGUGCCUGAGGAACAUGAAGCGAGAGCCCGAAACGACGGGUGGAAACGAUAAUGCCGAGAUAUUGUCCGAGUGCAGUGAUGAAGUCGUGGCCAUGGAACCGUUGUUCUUGCAAUUGUCUGAAUCAGAAGUUGAGGAUGCAUCCAAAGAGCGCGCCGAUGAUGAGAGAGAUGAAUGCCGCAGCCCAUUCAUCGAUGUUGUCACGGUCUCCAGCGAUGAUUGCGAGAUUAUAUCUCUACCAAAUACACCGCCACCGCAUCAGCCAACAAGGUCGCCAGCAACCAGAAAGAAACGGAAAUUCACUAAACGUUUGCAGCAGGCGGAAAAUAUUGAACUUACCGAAUCAGAGACAGAGGAAGCGGAGCCUUCAAAUAGCAACAGAAAGUCAUUAAAUGUUAGAUUGUGUCGUGUGAUGUUGCCACAAAAAAAGCACCAAGAAACGGAGACAGCCUCCAAGAGCGCAGAACCCAGAAAGGCACCAUUGAGAAAUCCUGCAAUGAAAAAAACAGAUGAAGAGAUGACUAAAAAACCAUCGAAUGAAAAGACAACUUCAAAAUCCACAGGGGUAUCACAGUCUGAGUCAGAGAAGGCAUCAACAUCAAAGUCAAAAGGGGAACAGCAGAAGACUCCAAUGAAAAAGUCACCACAGAGAGUUCAAGCUGUAAAUGUUGUGGCAGAUACAUCGACAGAUCAGCCAACAACAUCAAAGGCAACGCGGGGCAGAAAAUCCGAAUCUACAGGUCCAACAGAGCAGACUUUUAAGAAGCCACAAGAACAGAAGACGCAAUCGAAGCCAACGCAAUCAAUUAAAACAGUGUCCAAGACACCAGAAAAUGAAGCAACGUCAUCAAAGUCAACGCAGUUAAGGAAACCUGCAACUGCAGCGUCGAAGACGCCGACGCCACAAGCGGAGACAAAGUCAACGCAAGUGAAGAAACCUGCUAAUGUGACCCCAAAGAAGCCACAGGAACAGACAAAGUCUAAGACAGCAAAAGAAGAAACAGCAGCAACGAAAUCAACACAGGCCACGCCAAAGAAACCAUCACAGACGACGGCAAAGAAGCCACAAACAGAAAAGACACCUUUGAAAUCUAAACAGACUUCUCCUAAGGAGGCAACGGAACCGAAGACAAAGCAAGCUAUGAAGACUGAGCCUGCUAAUUCCAAGAAGACGCCACAACAGAAAAAGACCUCAGCAGACGAGCAGAUGGGACCACUCAAACAAGAAAGAUCAGCGACUCCCAAUUCAGAGCCAAAGACGCGGCGUUCAUACUUACGCGACAGGAACUCCGAUGAUGUGGACCAACGACAGACCCGUGGCAUGCAACGACUGACGCGAUCUGCCGAAUCGCGCAUACAAAGUAAAUACAUGUCACCUUUGAAGGCUUUGGAAUAUGACAAGAAAAGCCCAGUCAAAGGCAAGCGUAGCCAUGAUGCGGUUCAAACACCAAAAGCGAGUAAACGCAAGCGGGAGGAAGAUAACGUUAAGCAGGAGGAGACAGCGGACAACAGAUCAUCGACAACAAUGACAGAAGACGAACCACCGCCAAAAAGAAAAGUAGGUCGCCCACGAAAAAGAACGCAGGAUAAUCAAAGAGUUGUCACGCCAGAGGUAACAAAGAAAACGGAGAUAGCUCAAAAAGUUGCCACGCAAGAGACAUCAAAGCAAGCGAAUAUUACUCAAAAAGUUGAUAAGCAAGAGUCAUCAAGGCAAGCGAAUAUUACUCAAAAAGUGGACACGCCAGAGCUGCUCAGUUCCGGCUCCAAUGCCUCCGACUAUUCGUAUCUGCAGUGCGCCCAAAAGCUGCCCGACAACCUCACCGAGCUGGAGGCCUUUCAGGACUUUCGUAUACCCGAGGUGCCUCAGGCGACGCCACUAAUGCUGUCGUCCAGCUUGAAUGUGAAUUUCUUCAGCGACUCGGAGGUGAUCGUUGUGCCCAGCUCCAUACCCAAGCAAGAGGUUGUGGUGAUCAACAGCUCGAAUGAAGAGUGCUCACAACAGUCCAACACGCAAAGUCGACGCACGCGAGCCUUGAAGCGAAAGGUGUCCAAGGAACCAUCACAGCCAAGCGCAUCCACUUCCAAUUUUGGUCUGCUGCUCGGCGAGCAGCGUGCCAGAGUGAACAAAUCGCCGGACAUCUUUAGCAAUUGCUCCGAUUUGUCGCAGAUUACGUUGGCGCAACCUGUGCCCCAGCCAUCGCCUUUCGAAGGCUUCAAGAUCUUUGGCUCCGAGGUGAAACAGCAUCAAGUCAAGACGCAGCAAUCAAUAGGAACUCAAAAGAAGCGAGAGCGCUCUUGCCUGGACAUCUUAGAGAACAUGUUUGAGCCACAUAAAACCAAGACCAACAAAUCUGGCAUCAAUUUGCUGCCCAUGUUGCCGAGUCCAAAGAAGCAGCUGCCACAGCGUCGCUUCACUUUGCUUGACGAGGAUAUCUUUGAGAUAACAAAUAAUGGCGAAUUCGGUAGUCGACUGCGUCUCAACUCUAAUGGCCAUGUGUCGCCUGUUCUUCAAGUGCAGCAGCAGCAUCAGCAGCAACCACAAGCCACGCAGCAAUUGCAACAGCGCAAUAAAAUAACAAAGUACUUGAUAGGUUCUGGUUGCACACCCGAGGAUACUGGCCAACGUAUUCAGGUGCUCAGUCCGGCACAACGCAAAUCACCGAAAAGUAUCAAGUCGACGCAGUCAACGAAGCUGACACGUUGGUUUGGCACCGCCGAUGCGACAACCUCACAAAGUGCACCCAGCACUCCACAGGUGCCAGCUGACAAAGCAGCCGCAGCUCGUGUGGCACGAAGUGGCGGACCAACGAAGCGCAAGCAACUUAAUCUCUUCAAGUGAUAGAAGGAUAAAGAUUACAAGCAACAUCAUGAUCUAAUUGAAAAAAGACUCGAGAGACCAAGACUCAAGUCGUGCUUUGACAACUUGCCAAGGCUUUAACGAAAUCCGUUCGAUGGAUUUACAAAUAUUUUUAAGAUUUUCCCUUUAAUGUGAAGUCGAAGAAUUCACAAUUCUAGCACAAUUGAGUUGUAGCCACUCAUUAAAUUAACUCUAUCGUA